AGAAAAACUUCUUCAACUCCGGAAAGCUAGAGAGGAACGAAAGAAUACUCCUCCGACGCCGACAGAAUCAAACGAAAAAUCAAAAAAAGAUGAACUAGAUGCUCUUCUCGCAGAUUUGUUGCCAAAACAAGAACCUAAAAUAGAAGCACCAGAAAAACCAGUUGAAAAAGAACCAACGCUACCUCCUGAUUCAAUUAAAAUUGACAAUCUUCCUCCAAACUUUAUAACUUCUAGCGGUCCGGCGACACCUACUAUAACGACGCGAUUCGUUCCAGAUUUCACUACUUUUGAAGCAGUUAUAUUAGAUAUUCCUCCAAAG